AGGCUUACGCCUUGCCUCGCCGAGAGAAAUUAAUUUCAAAUGCAUGAAGGUCACUAGAAAAAGUUCGAAGUGUUAGUUUUGAGCUUGCCAUGUCAUGGGCAUAAAUUGAUUACUAAAGAGUUAGAUCAAUGGUACAAAAACAAUUGAAUUUUUCACAUGAUUUUGAAGGAGGAUUGAACAUGUUAUCUGUCAACACUUAACUAAUUAGGCGUUUUAGGACCUAUUGUACAUCUGCUCUAAAUCAAUCAACAACAUUAUCCAUUCUUUGGUUUGACUCUUGACCUAAUCUUUCAAGCGACUUUUAGCCCAAAGUUGACAAGGCAUUUAUACCUACCCUUUUUUCACAAAGUUGUUUCUUGUAUAUCUGGUUCCGAUGCUAAGUACAUAGUUUCUGUUCCAUCUGUUUUUCUUCAGGUGUGCACAACCCUUGCUGCUUUGUAACAUAAAUAAACAUCUUCCUCCGUGUAUCCCAAUGCCUUCAAUUUUCUCUCCUGAGGUACAUUUGGUUUAUCCCAUUUCACAUUCUACCAGCUGGCAUCUUGCACUUCUAUGUCCUAGCCUUUACUUGAUUCACAUAUAUGUUACGGUUUGAAUGAUUUUGAAAAAUAUUAAAAUAACACACUGCUCUGGCUCGUACAAUUUUCCACACUGUAUAUGACACCAAUGCUCCUAAUGCCAUCCUCUGUAAUAACCUUUAUAACUAACAAGUGAUAGCUUUGAACAUAUAAGAUAUAAGAAUAUGCAUUUCAUUAAGUCUCAACAUGAGAGGGGAUGUAUACAAUUACCAUGUGGAAAACCACUUGGUUAGGAAAUGCAAACAAUCUGGUAAACUGCAUUGGUGUGAUACUCUGCCUGUUCCUUAUAAGUUCAUUAGUUUGAAUAUUUAGAGUCAAAAUGAACUUCUUCUCAGUUAAGAUGAUACAAAUUUAUUCACUUCUCUGGAAAAACUAAUCAUGAAAAAAAAUCAAGUGUUAGAAAGAUAAAAAGAAUCGUGCUCCAUUUAGUAUUCUGGAUGUAUUCAGGACAGGAUACUUAUCAAGGGAGAGAACAGGUAUCAUUUAAGGUAGCUGAGGUGCUAAACAUCUGACAUGGUAGGAUAUCAGACAAAUAUAACUCAUACAAGUGACACUGAAUAUCUGCAAAUGGUUUUAGGACCCGACUCUGUCGUUGAACAUGUUGAGUGAGGCGGCCGUUUUAUUUUACCUAAUUUGUAUGUAGUGCAUGUGGCUCUUGUAAUCCACCAGAUCUGGGGAGCUGAGGGAUUUGACAACCUUCCCUUGUUUAUGAUAGAAUGCUUUAAGUUGUUGAGGUUUCACCUUUGUUCCAAUGAAGUAAAAACCUUUUUGGUGGGUGCAAAAUAAAAUAGGGACUUCUGGUAAGUAGAACGUCAAACAGAUGGACAAUGGGUGUUAAAGUGAGCCUAAAGUUGAUAAUGAGAAUGAGAGUGAGAAUGACGAGCCAUCUGAACUUAUGAGUAAUGCUUGUCUUUUGGGUUUUCUUUUUCUUGCCAAAAAGUGUUCAUCGUUUGGAUUGAUGUACUCUUAUUACCUUUCUCAAAUUUCCCUAUUAAUUUGUGUAUAUUAAUGGAAAGCACUCUAUUCUUGUUGCGCAGUCAUAUACAGGCUUCACUAAAGUUAUUCUAUUGCUUUUUGCAUUCUGGUUUUACUCAGGAAAAUUGAAGCUGAAAUGAGUGCAACUUGACUGAAGGAUAGGCAUCACAACCCUAGAUUUGGUGUUGAUUGAAUGUCAUAUAUCGUUGACAUUGUCUUAUAAAAUGUAUCUUAUCUUGUAGUUAAAAGGAUAAAGAUGAAUUUACCGACACAUAUGUCAGGACAAAUCUCUGGGCAGGUACCCAAUCAAGCCGGGACAUCAUUGUCUGCCAUACCGCAGCAGCAGAAUGUAAUGCAAAGCUCUGGAGGUCAGCGUAAUACACUCAAUAUGGAGCCUGGUUUUGUGAAGGCUCGGCGUUUUAUACAAGAGAGAAUCUAUGACUUCUUAAUGCAGCGGCAACAAACUCAGGAGAUAGCUCCAAAGAAGGUGAUGGACAUUGUUAGACGCCUAGAAGAAGGCCUGUUCAAAACUGCGACCACCAAGGAGGAAUAUAUGAAUUUAGAGACAUUGGAAAAUCGUUUACAUGUUCUGAUCAAACGACUCCCCUUGAAUAAUCAAAAUCAACAAUAUCAGCAACAAGGCAAUACUUCCGUUGCCAUGGGAACAAUGAUUCCAAAUCCUGGCAUGCCUCAAAGUGGGAAUUCAAGUUUAAUGGUUCCAUCAUCUAUGGAUAACUCCUUUGUUGUGGCAGGUGGUGGUAGUGGUAUGGUGUCAUCAGCUGUCAACACAGGAAACUUUUUACCGAACACGACUCGAAUUUCAAGUGGGAUGCACAAUGGUUCCUUGGGUCCAUCUGAUGGAGGUUUGACUAGCGGUUAUCAACAGUCGCCAUCAAAUUUUUCGGUUAGCUCAGUUGGAAACAGUUUGAUUUCAUCAAUGGGUGCACAAAGAAUGGCCAGCCAGAUGAUACCUACUCCUGGAUUCAAUAAUAGUAAUAGCACUGGUAAUCAGUCUUACAUGAACAUGGAUUCGUCUAACAAUGUUAUUGGGCUAUCGACCAUCGACUCUACAACAGUAUCUCAGCCUCUGCAACAGAAGCAGCAAGUUGGUGGCCAGAACAGUCGCAUAUUACAAAGCCUGGGGAGCCAUAUGGGUGGGGGAGUAAGGUCUAGUUUACAUCAGAAACCUUAUGGGUUUCCAAAUGGGUCAAUAAACAGUGGUUUUGGAAUGAUUGGAAAUACUUCACAGAUGAAUGGUUCAGGAACCUCAAAAAGCUAUGUGACGGCUUCUCAUUAUGGGAACUCUCCCAAAACACAACCCCAACAUUUUGAUCAACAUCAGCAACAUAUGUCACAGGUUGAUGGUUAUGAGAAUAGCACCGUUGAUUCUUCUCGAUCUGAAACUUUUUACGCUCCAACAACCUCAACUUCAUCAAUGAUGAAUAAUCAGAACAUGAACCCAGUAAGCUUGCACACAUUACAUAAGACAAGCUCUCCUUUGAUGGUGAAUCAGUCGAAUUUGCUCAAUGCUCAGCAUGCAUCAAACAUGAAACCUUCAAUUGAUGAAUCAGAAAUCCGAACUCAGCAUUCACUACGUGAGAGUGCUAUGCAAUCACCAUUGCCUGUUCAUUUUCAGCAACAACUUCUUCAAAAUCAAAGUCAACAGAAGCAUCAAAGUCAGCAUUUGUCAUAUGGUCGGUCUCAGCUGACACAUGGUCCUGGCAGUCAAAUAAAAUCUGAGCCUGGAAUGGAGGGUCACAAUGAAGAUCUACAGCCACAGGUCUCUGAGCAUUUUCAGUCUUCCCAGACAAUCAAUCACUUUCAACAUAACUCUGAGGAAGACCACAAAGUAGCUAGUCAAUUGCAUAGUCUUGCACCUGGAUCUCAGGGGUUGUCCUUACCAAUGACAGAUACUUCACAGCAGAUGCACCAAUUGCUACAACAACACGAAUUUGUUGUUGACACCCAAAGUGAUCUUACUUGCCCUCUAGGCGUUCAACCAGGGGCUGGAUUGCAGGGCCAAUGGCAUUCAAGAGCUCAAGAAGUGCCACAUGUACUGGGCAACAGGUCAGAGCAGAAUAUCGAAGAAGAAUUUUGUCAAAGAAUAGCAGAGCAAGAUCAAGCUCAGAGGAAUAAUCUUUCUUCAGAAGGAUCUAUUACUCAUCGAACUUCUGUCAGUAGAUCAGUAGACCCAGCAAACUCCAGUGCUACAUGUAAAUCUGUUAAUUUAAACCGUGAAUUGCAGUUCAUAAAUCAACAAAGGUGGCUUUUGUUCUUGCGGCAUGCUCGUAAAUGUGUUCACCCACCAGGAAAAUGUCCAGAAAUCAAUUGCAUCACUGCUCAAAAGUUGUUGAACCAUAUGACAUCAUGUAAUGAUGUAGUUCAAUGUCAAUAUGCUCGUUGCCGUAGGACAAAGCUUUUACUUCUCCAUCAUAAGCACUGCAGGGAUCCAAGUUGUCCUGUUUGCAUUCCAGUAAAGCGUUUUGUGCAACUGAAAGGGGGCCAGCAUGCAGAUUCCAAUUCUGGUUUUCCACGCUCAGGCAAUGGAUCCUGUGAAUACCCUAGUGGUGGUACUGGUAGAUAUAACUUGAAGAUGAGUCCAACUGCUACUGAAACUUCAGAAGAUCUACAUCCAAAUUUGAAACGGAUGAAAAUAGAGCAGUCAUCACAAUCACUAGCCUCCAAAAGUGAAAAUCCUAUCAUACCAGUUCCUGUCACUAGUGCAUCAGAACUUCAGGAUGUAUGCAAUGAAGAAUAUCAAAUUGGUGACACCAAUACUCCAAUGAAAUCUGAGGUUACUGGAAUAAAAAUGGAAAUUCCUGCAAGUUCUGUGCAUGGAAGUCCCAUGACCGAUGAAAAGAGGAAGAAUUAUGUGGAAGAUUCCUGCACCCAAAAGUCCAAAGGUGUUCCAGUUGUGUCUAAUAAAGCCACUGGUUUCCCUAAGCAGGAGUUUGUUAAGACUGAGAAAGAGGUUGGCCAGCCAAAACAGGAAAAGUCAGCAGUUCCGGCUGAAGUUUCUGCUGGGACCAAGUCUGGGAAGGCAAAAAUAAAGGGAGUAUCAAUGAUAGAGUUGUUUACACCAGAGCAGGUGCGGGAGCAUAUCACUGGUCUCAGGCAAUGGGUUGGCCAGAGCAAAGCAAAAGCAGAAAAGAAUCAAGCUCUUGAACACUCGAUGAGUGAGAAUUCUUGUCAGCUAUGUGCGGUUGAGAAGCUUACUUUUGAACCACCACCGAUAUAUUGCACACCUUGUGGUGCUCGCAUCAAGAGAAAUGCAAUGUUCUACACUGUUGGGGCUGGUGAUACUCGACACUACUUUUGUAUUCCCUGCUACAAUGAAGCCCGUGGAGACACUAUCAAUGUUGAUGGAACUAAUAUUUUGAAAGCUAGAAUGGAGAAAAAGAAAAAUGAUGAGGAGACUGAAGAAUGGUGGGUUCAAUGUGACAAGUGUGAAGCCUGGCAACAUCAAAUAUGUGCAUUAUUCAAUGGUCGAAGAAAUGAUGGCGGACAAGCAGAGUACACUUGUCCAAAUUGUUACGUGGAAGAAAUUGAAAGAGGAGAGCGGAUGCCCCUACCACAGAGUGCUGUACUUGGAGCAAAAGAUUUACCUCGUACGAUACUCAGCGAUCACAUAGAGAACAGGUUGUUUGCAAAAUUGAAGCAGGAGAGACUAGAGAGGGCAAGGUUCCAUGGAAAAAGUUAUAAUGAGGUUCCUGGAGCGGAAGCACUUGUUGUCAGAGUUGUCUCGUCUGUGGACAAGAAAUUGGAAGUCAAGCAGCGAUUUCUUGAGAUCUUUCAAGAUGAAAAUUACCCUGUGGAAUUUGGAUACAAGUCUAAGGUAGUUCUGCUGUUUCAGAAAAUUGAAGGUGUAGAAGUAUGUCUUUUUGGCAUGUACGUUCAAGAAUUUGGAGCAGAGUGUCAGCAGCCAAAUCAUCGCCGUGUUUAUCUAUCUUAUCUGGAUUCAGUCAAGUACUUCAGGCCUGAUAUUAAGGCUGUCACAGGGGAGGCUCUCCGUACAUUUGUAUAUCAUGAAAUUCUGAUAGGUUACCUUGAAUAUUGCAAAUUACGUGGUUUCACAAGUUGCUAUAUAUGGGCUUGCCCUCCAUUGAAGGGUGAAGAUUAUAUCUUGUAUUGCCAUCCUGAAAUUCAGAAGACACCAAAAUCUGAUAAACUAAGAGAAUGGUAUUUGUCGAUGUUGAGAAAAGCUUCAAAGGAAAAUAUCGUUGUUGAUCUCACUAAUCUAUACGAUCAUUUCUUUGUAUCUUCUGGUGAAUAUAAAGCUAAGGUAACCGCGACUCGAUUACCGUACUUUGAUGGAGACUAUUGGCCUGGGGCUGCUGAGGAUAUAAUCUAUCAGCUUCGUCAAGAAGAGGAUGGAAGAAAGCAAAAUAAGAAAGGGUCAAUAAAGAAGAACAUAACCAAGAGAGCCCUGAAAGCUUCUGGUCAAAUCGAUCUUUCUGGGAAUGCGCCGAAAGAUCUGCUACUGAUGCAUAGGCUUGGUGAAACAAUUUCCUCAAUGAAGGAAGAUUUCAUUAUGGUUCACUUGCAGCAUGCAUGCACUCAUUGUUGUAUUCUAAUGGUAUCUGGAAAACGCUGGGUUUGCAAUCAGUGCAAAAAGUUUCAGCUCUGUGAUAAAUGCCAUGAAAUUGAACAAAAGCUUGAGGAUAGGGAGAGACAUCCUAUCAAUCAUAGGGAGAAACAUUCACUUUAUCCUAUCGAAAUCAAUGAUGUGUUACCAGAUACCAAAGAUAAAGAUGAGAUUCUUGAGAGUGAAUUCUUUGACACUAGACAGGCUUUUCUCAGCCUUUGCCAAGGAAAUCAUUAUCAAUAUGAUACACUUCGUCGUGCAAAACACUCCUCAAUGAUGGUUUUGUACCAUCUCCAUAAUCCUACUGCUCCUGCAUUUGUGACAACAUGCAACAGAUGUCAUCUUGAUAUAGAAACAGGGCAAGGUUGGCGCUGUGAGGUUUGCCCCGAUUAUGAUGUGUGCAAUUCCUGCUAUCACAAGGAUGGAGGCAUAGAUCAUCCUCAUAAGUUGACAGCUCACCCUUCGAUUGCUGAACGUGAUGCGCAAAAUAAAGAAGCUCGGCAACUACGAGUUGUACAGCUUAGGAAAAUGCUUGAUCUCCUGGUACAUGCAUCUCAGUGUCGCUCUCCACUUUGCCAAUACCCAAACUGUCGCAAGGUGAAGGGACUUUUCCGACAUGGGAUACAAUGCAAAAUACGUGCAUCUGGAGGUUGUGUUCUUUGCAAGAAAAUGUGGUAUCUUCUUCAACUCCAUGCCCGAGCAUGUAGAGAAUCCCAAUGUCAUGUACCGCGCUGCAGAGAUCUGAAGGAACAUUUGAGAAGGCUGCAACAACAGUCUGAUAGCCGGCGGAGGGCUGCUGUGAUGGAAAUGAUGAGGCAACGUGCUGCUGAGGUUGCUGGCAGCAAUGGAUGACAAAGUUGUAAAUAUAUAAAAUACGUACACUUGUUUGCUUGCACACAGGAACAUGAUGAUGACGAAAAGGAAAUGGUAAAAGAUGAAGUAUAGGUAAGUGAUUGUUUACACAAUGGUGAAAAGUUCAUUCAUUCACUCUUUAAAUGUCAAUCCUUCCACCGUUGGGGUUUAGUUCCCAGUGAUUCUUAUAUCAUCUAGUGUUGCCAUCAAAGUGUACCAUAUAUUUCCUUUUCUUAGUUACCACUUGUUUGUUUCCCAUUCUUAAUGACUCGGAACAAUUGUUGUAGAUGCAUAAAAGAAUCAGAUUUUGUGGACAUCUUAUGAUUAAUUGUAAAGGAAAAAAGGGUAGUUACUUGGUUUCACACUAUUGCCUAUUACCGCAUUAAGAUGAUUCUUCCAUCCAAGCUACAAAGAAGCUCAUACCAUUGGUACCAUCUUGUAUCCUUUAAUUAUCUGCAAUUUAACCGAUAAUUUUGAUUGCUGAUGACUUCAUUUUUGUAUGAUAUAUAUUGUACAGGCCCAGAUCAUACAUACCCUUUUUGCAGAAUAUAUUGUACAGGUUUGAUCUUCCAAGAGAGCUAUUCGAUAACUUCUUCUCCAGACAGAUUUAGAAGUCUGAUCUCUACAGACUUUUCCCACAUCUCUGGUAUUAUGUUUUCCAGAGUUAUAAUGUGGAGUUAUUUUCCAGACUUAAAAGCUAACUCUGAACUCUUGGGCUUCAGAGGUAUUCUCAGACUCAUUUUACUUCAGAGUUAUUUCAAGACAUAUAAGAUAACUCCAAACUAUUUGUCUUCCAGAUUUAUUUUGAGUUAUUUUGUUGAAUUAUAAGUAUGAAUUAUGGUUCAUUUGUUAUGGUAAUGAUGAAUGUAGAAGCUUGAACUAUGUAGUAUGUUUUUCCAAACAUAUUACAUUCAUGGAUUUCUAUUCUUCAGACUUAGAAGUUUGAUCUCUGCAAUCUUUUCCCACAAUUAUGGUAUUCUGUUUUCCAGAGUUAUAAUGUGCAAUAGUUAAUUUCCAGCCUUAUAAGAUAGCUCCAAAGUAGAACAAAUCAAAUUUACCAUUUGGAGUUAAUUUCCAGAGUAUAAGUCUGAAGAGUCAUUUUUAAGAGUUGGCUCAGCCGAACUCUGAAGUCCUCUUUUCCAGACGGAACACCAUGCAGAGCACCAUGCACAGCCUCUGCAUGGUCCAUGCAAAGCUUCUGGCUUGCCUAUACAGAGCUUUGAAGUGUGAAGACUUUUACUUCAGACUAAUUUCCAGAGUUACAAUGUGUAGUUAUUUGCCAGGCUUACAAGACAACUCUGAACUCAUAGGCUUCAAAGAUAUUCUCAGACUCAUUUUACAGACUUAGAAGUCAACUCUGAACUCUUGGGCUUUAGAGUGCAUUUAAAUUGUGGCUGAAUUUUGGCACUCUUCAACACUGAAAUUGGCAACAAUUUUCAGCUUCAAAUGGUCAUAGUCAACAGUAGCUGUUUAUCUGCUGUAAGAACAAUGGAUGUGUGGAAUGUUACUCCGAUUAAAGAUCUUGACAUACAAAAAGAUGAUUUCACUGUAAAGGUCAUAAUAAUUCGAUUAUGAAAUCAACCAUUUUUUAAAAAUCAUGAUGAAAGAUAUUCCACCGAGAUGAUAUUAAUGGAUGAACAUGGGACUAAGAUACAUGCCAAUGUAAUACAAAAAUGGGUGCCCAAGUUCAAAAGUUUACUUCAUGAAGGGGUUGCUGUAUUCAUCAAAAAUCCUACAUGAAGGGGCUGCAGUAUUCAUCAAAAAUCCUACAUUAAGGUAGCUCUAAGAAUGCCAUGAACAACAACAGUCAAUCCAUUUCUGAACUUCGCAGCCUUGUCUUCAAAUGGAGCUAGCUUGUAAUAGAGUUGAAGCAGAUCUUUAAGGUUGAUGAAUAUAAAAUCAGCCUCAGAGAACUCAUAAAUCCUUGUCUUCUCUCUCAACAAUGAAGACUUGGUAUACUAUGUUGUUCCAAGUUCUCUGUUUGAUGUCCACCAGCUUUGUAAUAUUCAACUCUAAGUAGACAUCUCUUCUGAACUUCCGUAUUAUGUGCAUGAAAGCUACAUACUGUCUCUUUAAUACAUUUGACUUUCUUGUAAAGAUA